UGAAAGGCUCCAAAGAGGUGUGGCUCCAGUCCGACUCACAACUGCUGUGUUCACUUCGGACCUGAAGGUGGUGAGAAAUAGAAUCAUCAGCUCUGGAAUGGCAUCUACAUGGAAUGACUUGGAUCUCCUUCUUGAUGCUCCGUCGUCUUCAACAAAGCAGACCACAGACCGAGGGAGCAUUAAAGACAAGUCCAACUUUAAUGCAAGCGAAGAUGUUGCAGUUCUGCGGAAGGCUAUUGAGGGCCUUGGCACUGAUGAAAAGAACCUAAUUAAUGUCUUAACUGGGAGGACCAACAAACAGCGUCAAAUCAUUUGUAAAGCUUAUCAGGAAGCAACAGGGCGGACCCUUAAAGAAGACCUGGAAGGGGACACCAGUGGGGACUUUAAAGACUUGCUUGUUGCAUUAAUCACACCACCAGCUGUGUAUGAUUGUCAGGAGGUGAUACGUGCCAUAAAAGGAGCUGGAACCACUGACAGUACUUUGAUAGAAAUCUUUGCCUCAAGAUCCACCCAACAAAUUAAAGCCCUUUCUGAUGCUUAUUUGGCAGAGACUGGGAGGAAGAUCACACAUGACCUAAAUAAUGAAGUCUCAGGGGAUUAUGGGAAGGCAUUGCUCGCCUUGGCCGAGGGACAGAGGGAUGAACGCACUACUGUGGAUGUUGGGAAGGCUAAAGAGGAAGCUAAGGUGCUGUAUGAGGCAGGGGAGAAGAAGUGGGGGACAGAUGAAAGCAAGUUUAUUGACAUUUUGUGCCACAGAAGCAUACCUCAGCUGAGGCAGGUACUGAUCGAGUACAAGAACAUUAGUGGGAAGACACUGGAGAAGAGCAUUAAGAGCGAGAUGUCGGGCAAAUUAGAAGAUCUGCUGGUGGCCAUUGUGAAAUGUGUACAGAGUACACCAGCCUACCUGGCUGAAAGGCUGCACAAAGGUAUGAAGGGUCUUGGAACAAAUGAGAACAUGUUGGCCAGAAUAAUAGUGAGCCGCUCUGAGAUUGACAUGCUGGACAUCAGAGCUGAAUUCAAAAAGCUCUAUAGCCAAUCACUGCACUCCGCCCUAGAAUCUGAAACUUCUGGGGAUUAUCGCCAAGUUCUGCUGAAAAUCUGUGGAGGAGAUGACACAGUUUAAACCAUGCAAAGCUAUUUACUCAUCUUUCAUAAUAAUGUGACACGCCAUAAUGUGAAAAUAUCAAAUGUAAAAGAUAUUAACAAAAUUUAACAUCUUUUAUACAAUCAAAUAUUUUUCACUGAUUUACAACCUGAUUAUUUUAUCAUCUUUUUACAUAGCUUUAUCAUACAUUUGCCUAAGGAAGAUGGCAUCAAUUUGUGCUCUGUUCAUUUCAUGUAGUAUCGCAACAUUUUUGUAAAGUAGUUUUCAAAUGUGAUUUGAACAUUCACAUGUUAUUUGCUGUCAAGCUAUUGAAUGUUGCAUUGUCUGUCCAACAUGAGGUAGUAAUGGCAAGUACAAAUACAGGGUUCAGGAUAAGUUGAGCUUAAGGUAUUAAAGUGGCUUCCUCAUGGCUGUUGCUGUAAAUGAUACCUACAGCCUGAUUUUGCUCAACAGUCUGCAGGCUGGCAAGAAGAUCUUUUGCUACAUGCACUUACAAUCCUCUGAAAACUUAUUU